GCCGCGUCAAGGACGGCUCGGAUGUCGACGUCGCUCUCGUAAGUACUUACUGCGUGUCGUACAGGAAGCGGGGUCUAUCCACUUGGGACCCACGCUCGACAGUCGCGGCCUCUCAAGCGGGAAUAGGGGGCAGAUACAAAGUCGGCUUCUGGCGCUCUGCUGAACGUAUUGCUUGACAUGACUUCGCCGCACCUCAAAGCUGUGAUAUUCGAUGUCGGCGGUGUUGUGUGCCGCAGCCCCUUGAUAGCUAUCGCAGCAUACGAGCGAGAGCACGGGCUGCCCAACAACUACAUCAACUGCGCUAUCACCGCGCGUGGCACGCAUGGAGCGUGGCAAAGAUUCGAGCGGGGCGAGAUGUCCCUUUUCCCGUUCUACGAGCAAUUUGGGCGCGAGCUUUCCGAUACGAAGGUGAACAAUCCAGCGUAUGUCAAGUACUGCAAGCGGCGCGGACUAGCACGUCCGGACCUCCCUGAAACACUGCACAUUGACGGCCGUGAGCUGUUCGGACGCAUGAUGCGCGAGAGCGGCGAGUUCGACGACCGUGUGGUCGAGGCGAUCAGGCGCAUAAGAGCCGAACGCAGAUGGCGGAUUAUCGCGCUCACGAACAAUUUUUCGAAAUCCGAGGCCGAUAUUAUCGGCGAUGCGCCGCCCCCGAAGGAGAAGUUCCCCAGCUUCUCCGUCCAGGCUGAGCUCGCCUUCCUGGGCUGGCAGGACGGAGCGACCCCUCCGCGGCUCCGGGCGCUGUUCGACGACUUCUGUGACUCCAGCACGCUUGGAAUGAGGAAGCCCGAGCCUGGCAUAUACCUCCUCGCUUGCCAGCGCAAUGGCAUCAAGCCCACAGAGGCGGUAUUCUUGGACGACCUCGGCAUGAACCUCAAAACAGCCCAGGCGCUCGGCAUGGAGACCAUCCGCGUGCCCAUUGGCGGAUCGCUCGAUGCGCUGAAGAAGCUCGAGGCCAAGCUGGGCAUCGACCUGACAAGCGGCGGGUCCAAGCCUACCGAUAGGACGCCUUCCAGGCUGUGACGGCGUAUACGAUCGUGAUCUUCGCGUAUUUCCUUGAUGGGGUGAUGGUGCGCGUGCAGGGUCUGCGCAGGAUGGCUGCACGAUUUCUCAUUGUACGGCGGGGAAGCAGGCGGCGGACAUGGACGGCCAGCGUGGGUGUCUGGACUCUGGACGGUCUAUGUAUUCGUAUUACUAGAUUGUCGUAGAGGGGGUACACGACGCGGCGGGGUUCAUGUCUAGUCUCUAGAACGGCUUGUCCGACGCAGGCGUCUUGUCCUCCCAGUAUCCACCGAUCUAGAGCACGCGUUCCCAGCGAUGGUUAGCGUACGGGCAUUACGUGGGACGGUGGCGGCGGUCUGGGACCUACCACGGGCAGCUUGGACAAGAAACCGCGCUUGACCAGGGGGGUGACUGACAGAAGCUAAUGUUGCCGAUGCAGCGGGUGAGAUACCGUGUGCGGCGGACGGGUGAAACGCGACGUACGUAGAGCGCAGUGAUGCCCGCUCCCGCCCCCCACAGAGUGAGGCUGGGUGUCCAGGAGCGGAAGAACUGUGCACAGAGCAGGACGGUGCGGGCCUCUCAGCCGGAUGUUCUGACCGCGCAACGACCGCAGAGACGACUUGCCUUGAUGACGGGCCUCUGAGGCGGGACAGGGUGGUAGAGCACGCGAGACAUGUGGGAGAGCGGGGUGCCUGGGCGAUGGUGAGGGCGUACGAGCGGAGCGACUGGCGCAGCGGAAGAGAGGAA